AAAGGAAGAGUUCCAACUGCUGGAGUUAAAAUAAAGGCAGAGACUGCAGCAAGGACUGUAAGAUCUUGCUUGGAUCAAGAUAUCUGUAUAAAGCUUACGGUCUGGACAGGCUGAAGCCCCUUGAAUGAUGUGCUUGCAAAUACUUUGCAUUAUUCUGCUGGCUACAACGAAGGUGUGGGCCACUGACCAUGACGAGUGCAGAUGUGAAGAGAGAAUUAAUACCUGCAUUGUCCGUGAUGGAGUGCCGGGAGCUAACGGCCUGCCAGGGAGAGAUGGGUUGCCAGGACCGAAAGGUGAAAAGGGAGAACAAGGAUUACGAGGGAUCCAAGGUCCCCCAGGGAAAGCUGGACCUCCGGGGCCAAAAGGAGAUCGUGGUCCCUCAGGAGACAAAGCAUCAACUGACAGUGUCCAUGCUGAGUUGGAACAGCUGAAAACUCAAAUGAAGUUACUGGAAGCACGGAUUCAGGCGUCGCAAGGAGCCACGACCUCCAAGAAAGUUCCUCCUGGUGUGAGAGUUGGUGAAAAAACAUUCAGCCCGUAUUACAGGCAUGGCUACGAUGGUGCAAAAUUCCUGUGCGAGCAGAAUGGUGGCACGGUCGCCUCUCCAAGGAAUGCUGCUGAGAACAGAGCACUGCAGCAACUAGUGAAAGCACAGAAGAAAAGCGCAAUUCUUGGAAUAAAUGAUAGAGAAGUAGAAGGCUCAUUCCGGUAUCCAAGUGGAGAAAACAUUUCAUUCACAAACUGGGCACCGAAUGAACCAAACAAUUCAAAUAAUGAGGACUGUGUACAACUGUUAGACAAUGGAUUUUGGAAUGAUAAUUCAUGUGAUGGAGAUUAUCUAUUUAUUUGCGAAUAUUAAUCCAAAUGUCAUUGAAAGGUCCAGCAUUGGUCCUGUGUUUUACAUAUUUUAAUGAUGACUCCCACACAAAUUCAUUGUCAAUUAGGCGUCUGCCUAACUGGUGAUUAAAUUUAGUUUAAAAUAGAUUUGUGUAAUUAUUGUUUUCUCUGGUGUUUUCUGAUACUUUCUGGCUGAGUUCAGACAACACAAGAAGCAUGGUGGUUUUUUAUCAUUGUCGCUCUGUCAUGUUGUCUGAAGCCACUCAUGGUAAAUUUCCUAAUUUUGCGAUGUUUUUAUUGUAUGUUUAUGGUAUGUUUUCAUUAGCUGUUGUAAAGCACCAGGAGAGCUUCAGCUGUGGGGACAUAUAAAAAUGAAAUUAAAAUAUUAUUAUUUUAAUCCUCCAUGGGAAAUCUAGUCUUUAGAAGCCAUUUUAAGAAACAAGACUUUGCUCUGAGAGUUCUGAGCAAAUGAGAAAGAGAUUCCCAUUUGAGCCAGCGAUGCAGAAAGACAGCUGAGCUAGGAGUUCCAAGCUUUCAAAGUUUGAAGGGUUCUUCUCUGGAAAUCUGGUACAUGUGAGUAGCAAAUCUGCUACUGUGCUAAGGGACUUGUGUUCUCUACCACCACCACUGUGCUACGUGUGUGUGUGUGU